AAAGGGCCGGCCCACGCGCGGCCUUUUGUUCCGGGGCCGCAGAGCGACACCGGCCCAGGUUUCGCAGUCCUUUCUUCUGGUCUCCUUGCCAGAACGGCCAUGAUUUCCCAGUUCUUCAUUCUGUCCUCCAAGGGGGACCCGCUCAUCUACAAAGACUGUAUCCUUGAGCCCAGGGGCCCCGGGUGGGGAGACUGGGCGGGGAGGGGCAGUGCCCCAGAGCCAAGCCGGUAUGGCCCACUUCUUAACUGCCCUUCCAUCCGGUCAGUCCGUGGGGACAGUGGAGGCCAGGAUGUGGCCGAGCUCUUCUACCGGAAGCUGACGUGCCUGUCGGGCGAAGAGUCCCCGGUUGUCAUGCACCACGAUGGCCGACAUUUCAUUCACAUCAGACACAGCGGCCUCUAUUUGGUGGCCACGACCUCAGAGAACAUCUCUCCCUUCAGCCUCCUAGAGCUGCUCUCCCGGCUAGCCACUCUCCUGGCUGAUUACUGUGGCUCCCUGGGCGAGGGGACCAUCUCCCGCAAUGUGGCUCUUGUCUACGAGCUCCUGGAUGAAGUGUUGGACUAUGGCUACGUGCAGACCACAUCCAUGGAGAUGCUGAGGAACUUCAUCCAGACGGAGGCCGUGGUCAGCAAGCCCUUCAGCCUCUUUGACCUCAGCAGUGUUGGCUUGUUCGGGGCUGAGACGCAACAGAGCAAAGUGGCCCCCAGCAGCGCGGCCAGCCGCCCUGUCCUCUCCAGUCGCUCUGAGCAGAGUCAAAAGAAUGAAGUAUUUCUGGAUGUGGUGGAGAGAUUGUCCGUACUGAUAGCAUCUAAUGGCUCACUACUGAAGGUGGACGUACAGGGCGAAAUCCGACUCAAGAGCUUUCUACCCAGCGGCUCUGAGAUGUACAUUGGCUUGACGGAGGAAUUCUGUGUGGGGAAAUCAGAACUGAGAGGGUAUGGGCCAGGAAUUCGGGUGGAUGAGGUCUCCUUUCACAGCUCAGUGCAUCUGGAAGAGUUUGAGUCUCACCGUAUCCUCCGCUUGCAGCCCCCUCAAGGAGAGCUAACUGUGAUGCGCUACCAACUCUCAGACGACCUCCCCUCCCCUCUCCCCUUCCGGCUUUUUCCCUCAGUGCAGUGGGACCGGGGCUCGGGCAGGCUCCAGAUUUACCUGAAGCUACGAUGUGACCUACCUUCAAAGAGUCAAGCUCUCAACGUCCGCCUGUACCUGCCCCUGCCUCGAGGUGUGGUCAGUCUCUCGCAGGAGCUGAGCAGCCCCGAUCAGAAGGCGGAGUUGGGGGAAGGAGCCCUUCACUGGGAUCUGCCUCGGGUUCAAGGAGGUUCUCAGCUUUCAGGCCUUUUCCAGAUGGACGUGCCAGGCCUCCCUGGGCCACCUGGCCAGGAGCCCUCCACUUCAGCCCCUCCAUUAGGGCUGGGUCCUGCCGGCCUCUCCUUCGAACUUCCCCGGCACACGUGCUCAGGCCUCCAGGUCCGCUUCCUCAGGCUGGCGUUGCGGCCCUGCGGCAACACCAACCCCCACAAGUGGGUGCGGCACCUCAGCCACAGCGACGCCUAUGUCAUCCGGAUCUGAGCGUCCCGAAGGACGGCGGCCUUGUGGCACAGGAAAGGGCUGUCACCUGGUUUCCCACCCUCUGGCCCCUGGAUCCGGGUGGGUGAGCCCCGGAACCUAAAAGGCAGGAGGGCUCAAAAGCUCCCUGCCCUUCCGUGGCAUCUAAUAGAUGGCACGGGACGUAAAAACGACUUUUUAUUCCAAGAAACUGUACAAGGUCUAAAAAAGAAAAUGCUGUGGGAGAAGUAG